UGUGAGUGCCACCCACCAUGCAGAGAUGUGAAAUGUGAGAAUGGAGGCAUCAGGAAGACCUAUAGGGAAGGAGAAGGGAAUUCUCACACAAAGAGGAUCUGUGGGGGGGCACAGAGGAGUCACAGCAUUGUGCGGAGAGGAGCUGCACACAUCACACUUCCAUGAGGCUGGAUACAGUCACAAAGUUGGACCUUCAUCCCGUUCUCGUCUCUCCGGGACACUCACAGCUCCGAUUGCCUCCAAAGUUUGGAUGGACACAAGCAGCAGCUCAAGUCUGUGGAUUGCUCUGGUGCUCUCAGCGCUCAGCACAGACCCCUGCUGUGCACACUGUGGAACUGAUUGCAAGUCCUAUUGCUGUGAUGGAAACCCGCCAUACUGCUGUUCCUACUAUGCCUACAUUGGAAAUGUCCUCUCUGGUACAGCGAUAGCAGGAAUUGUGUUUGGAAUUGUGUUCAUUAUGGGAGUAAUCGCCGGAAUCGCAAUCUGUAUCUGUAUGUGUAUGAAGAACAGCCGAGGAACCCGUGUGGGAGUUGUCAGAACACAUAUCAAUACCAUCAGCUCAUACUCGGUUUCUCCACCACCGUAUAGUUAUGAAUAUGAGAUGGAGUAUCCUGUGGACCUUCCUCCACCCUACACGCCGUCUCCAUCAGUACCUGUACAAUAUCCUGCUCCACCUCCUUACCCUGGGUCUCCAGGCAAAUAACAUUCCAACACGGGGCCUUUCCAUGCAAUAUUGUUUAGAAGAUGUUCUACAUUGAGGACCUAUGGAACCAUGCGUAACAAGAGUCAGCACAGUUAUGAGUUCUGUGCAACGAAAAAAAAUUGCAAAGCCAUAUUCCAGCCUUAUGUCCUGAAGUGCUUGAAUGCAGCUAUCUCGGAAGACCCAUGAUCGGGUGCCAUGUUAUGCAAAAUGUUAUUUAUUUGUUUCUGUAAUGUGUGAAUGAGAAGAAGGGAACCAUUUUUUAGAAGCUCUACACAAAGCAAUAAGAUAAAUACAUCUGCCAGACAAUUUUCCAAUGUUAUUUUAACGUGGUUUUUGAUAAAUUAAUGUCAUUUGCCAAAUAUAUAAUUUUUUUUUUCUUUUUUAAUAAAAACCGAAGCAUCUCUUUU